AUGGUGUUAUUGGAAGGAAAUCAGAGUAUCAUACCCACGUUUAUUCUCCUGGGUUUCUCAGAAUAUCCGGAACUCCGGGUUCCGCUCUUCCUGGUUUUCUUGUCUGUCUACACAGUCACCGUGGUGGGGAACCUGGGCAUGAUUCUGAUCGUCAAUAUCAGCUCCAAUCUCCACACGAUCAUGUACUUUUUCCUCAGUCACUUGUCCUUUGUAGAUUUCUGUUACUCCACUGUAGUAACACCCAAAUUGUUGGAGAACUUGAUUGUGGAAGACAGAACCAUCUCUGUCUCUGCCUGCAUUAUGCGAUUUUGUUUUGCUUGCAUAUUUGGAGUAACAGAAACGUUCAUGUUAGCAGCAAUGGCCUAUGACCGUUUUGUGGCAGUCUGUAGCCCGUUGCUCUACACCACGGCUAUGUCUCGGAGUCUUUGUGCUCUGCUGGUGGCUGGGUCUUACUCAUGGGGCAUAGUGUGUUCCCUGACACUUACGUAUUUUCUUCUUGCAUUAUCCUAUUGUGAGUCUAGUAUCAUAAAUAACUUUAUCUGUGACCACUCUGUGAUCGCUUCUGUCUCCUGCUCAGAUCCCUAUAUCAGUCAGAUGCUAUGUUUUAUUAUUGCCGUAUUCAAUGAGGCGAGCAGUCUGAUGAUUAUUCUGACGUCCUAUAUACUCAUUUUUAUCACUGUUAUGAGGAUGCCUUCUGCAAGUGGACGCCGGAAAGCCUUCUCCACCUGUGGCUCCCACCUGACAGCCAUCACCAUCUUCCAUGGGACCAUCCUUUUUCUUCACUGUAUCCCUAAUCCUAAAUCUUCUUGGCUCACAGUUAAAGUGGCUUCUGUGUUUUACACGGUGGUGAUCCCCAUGCUGAACCCCUUGAUCUACAGCCUUAGGAACAAAGACGUAAAAAACACUUUUAGAAAAUUAGUUUUCACAAAAUUGCUUUGUCACUCAAGAUAA